GGAGCAGCAUGACUGCAACACGGAAAGUUCUUGGGCUGCUCGCCUUCGUGAUACUUUCCGUAGCUGCCAACCCUGCCAGCCGUAUAGACCAAGGGAUUUCAGACGCACUUGGAACUGACGAUCUGUUAAGAAAAACCUACCAAGCUACGAAAAUUGUAGAUGGCAAAGACACAAUCGUUCUGUUGGGCAACACGGGCACUGGUAAAAGCACCCUCUCCAAGUAUAUCCGAGGUGAUCCGACUCUAAGGGUGGAAAAAAUCACCCUAACUCAACCAUCGGCGAAGGAAACUUCGGAACUUGAGUCAUGGUACCAGAACUCGGAAGAAAAUCAGUCGAUCGGUGAUCAAAAAAUAAAUUAUCGUUUGAUAUUCACGGACGGCGACGUGAAAAUUGGAAGCAACAGUAGUCAUAAAUCGAAAACGCUGGUUCCCAACGUGGACGUAGACUCGGAGACCGGCAUCCAUAUAGUUGAUUGCGCAGGAUUUACAGACACUAGAGGGUCCAAAGUCGAUUUGGCGGCUGCCUAUUUCAACAAAAAGUUGUUGGACUCGAGCCGCAAGGUAAAAAUAGUCAUCGUGGAAAAUUACGCGAACCUCAAGCAGCACGGGAGUCGCGACUCGUUCCCAAACACGCUCAAAUACACAGCCAAUUUGAUCGGGGAAAAUUUGGACGAAUUGGAGGGUUCCAUGGGUUUAGUCGUCACGAAAGUCGAGAGAAUGGAAAACAUAAAAACCGCUUUUACAGAGGUGAAACAGUAUCUUUCCAGUACCUUAAAACAUCUUGAGGAAAUUAAGGAAGGAAAUGACAACAAAGAGGCUGAAGAUUCUCUUAGAAAAGCCCGACUACUUGAGUACUUGAGAGCAAAUGUUCAACUUUUUCUGGCUCCGCAGAGUGAAAAGCUAGAACCAGAUGAACGAAAUAGGAAGAUCCUGCGGAAAUUUGUGUUCGAUCGGCUGAAUUUUUCAAAGCCAUUCUCGUACGAAUUCCAAGCAACUGUGGCAGCAGAAACGAAGAUUUACAUUCGAGACGAACUCUCUUCCGCCACAGAGGCAGCCAUCCGAAACGAAAUCCAGAAGUUGCAAGACCAUUUGACCCAAUAUGUCGGCGCAGCAGUAACGGUUGACAUGAGGCCGGCGAAUCUAAUGACACGAAAUGCAAUUGCAUUUUGUUCAAAUUUCCUGAAUGCCGUGAAAAACGUUAACAACCUGGAGCAGCUCUUGAUGUUUGCAAAAAGAAGAAUUAAAGGAGACGGGAGAAACUUUGCUGAGGUGCAGUUUCAACUGGAGAACGCGAAAUUUUUCUACCAGUUAAUCGGCAGGGACUUUACCGAGCUUGAAACCUCAUUGAUGUUGAGCUUGAAGACAUCUAUCCAAGAUCACGCAACCGCAGAGCUGAACUUUGCUUCUUUUCUUGACGGCAUGGUUCAUGACUUUGGAAACUAUAAACCUCAAGUAAGGGGAGGAGCAGUCGAGAAAGAAAUCGAGAGAGUGGACAAAGAAAACUUCAUAGAUUUUGCUUCAAACCUGAGAAAUUGGGGCUUUAGCUCCAAAACCGCUCGCAUCGCAGCGUCAUUGACCCCCACUGACCUGAACCUCCAGUUUUUCAACAAGUUGGCAUCGGAAUUCCAGAUAAGAAAGGCCAAAGAAGGUUUAAAGAACGGUUCGGUCAUGCUGUUUUCUCGUUUCUUGGUCUUGAGCCAAAUUAAACAGAGGAUAGAACAAAAAGGACCAACUGAAGGGGAAUUCGUUGUGAUGGCGAGCGAAAAGAUUUUUGUUGAUUGCAACCUCGAGGUCCAGCACGCCCAUCUAAAAUUUAUAGCUCCGAUUGUGUACGUUGUUAAAGAAAACACGUACUUACGUUUGAAAGGUGAGCAUGCCAAGGAGAAAGAAAAGGCGAGGUCUUGUAAUAGGGGAAAUGAUUUUGAUAGAAGAGGACCCCUCCACUGGGAUGCCGAGAAAGGUGAACCAGGUCAUGACGGCUACAGUUCAGGGAACCUGGCAAUUCUGGCGCUUGAAGUUCAGAACGGAGGCUGGCUCACUGUGAUUUCGGAAGGUGGUGACGGAGGAAGAGGUCAAGAUGGAGGUGACGGUUGCGAUGCUAUCGAAUUCAAUGCAUGGAACGACACAAAUCUCGUUGAUAAACAUUGCGGGCCUGAGCUAAUUUGCACAAUCGAGACUAUUGUUCCGACAGAUGGUCAAGCCGCGGGAAAAGGGGGGCUUGGUGCGCUUGCAGGCACACAGCAUAUUAUGCUCAAAACUGAAAACCCUUUGAUUAAAACGAGGUCCACAUUAGGCAAACAAGGCACAGGUGGUAGAGGAGGAUUCCCGGGUGGAUCAGGCAGGCCUUGUCAGUUAAAACAGAUUAAAGAAAUGGAUCCGUUCGAUUUAGAAAAUAUUUUUACAUUUGGCAUGAAAAUGCAAGUUCAAACAAUGGCAUUAUCUUUAGUUUACUUAAGCAUAAGUGCUCAUUGCAACUAUGCACUUGUUAAUGCUUCUAAAGGCCCCGAUGGUUUACCUUCACUUGAGACAAAUUCCAGAAAACAAAAGUUUCAUGAUAGUGACCUAUUUGGAACGGUCUUGGAACUCCGCAAGUAUCUCUCCAGUCAAAACCUUCCACUGGUACCUGAAUCAGGCGCAGGAAGACUUCUGAAAUUUUAUUUCAACUCUGACAAGUUCGUCACGCAGUUUUCCUACACAUCUCUCCUGGAAGCCGCAGAAAUUGACCUAGAAGCACCACACAACGGACACGACGACGCGAUUAAAUCACAACUGUUGUACUAUUCCAUCAUAUUGGAAUCAGUUCGUCAGUGGAGAGAAAUUCACCGUGACCACAAAACAGACGCUUUGGAAAUGGAGCUGAGCAGUUUGCUUGACACGUUGCGGACAUACAAUGAUGGAAAACAGGUUGUUCGACUCGCAGAAUUAGUUGAGUGGCAACUGCAUCGCCUUAAUGACGUCGGGACAGCCCUGAGAGACGUGAGCAAGUAUGAAUUGGUGGAUGCUGAGAAGAAGUCAUUAGCGAAAACGAUUGAAGCUGCAGCACAAAUGAUUGAAAAGGUUCAACAGCGUAACUUUGAAGGUAUGAAGCGGCAGGCGGAUGAAGAGUUUAGGAGUCUUCUUGAAAAAUUUGAUGUUAUGAGAUUCCAUCACAUAAAACAGGCCAAAACUCUCGCAGAACACCGAAAAGAAGUGGAAAGAGACAUGAUAAAAAAUAUUGGUUUGAGCAUUGUAAACGUAGCCUCAAUAUUGACGGGCCUGUUCUUUCCUCCAGCUGCAUUGGUGGGGCCCACUGUGUCAGGAAUAGUUCAUGCAGCUGUGCCCCAGCCAAAGGAACUUCAGUACACGCAGCAUGUUGAAAGAAUAAAACUAGCAAACGUUAUUUUACAAAAUAUGGAGCGUCAGAAAAAAGAGCAACGUGAAAAUAUGAUUCAUGCGAUGAAAGCAGUGGCGGAGUUGGAUGCAACAGACAAAUUCUUGAGCGACAAAAACCGAGAGACGAUUCAAAGGCUGAUUGUGAGGGAUGCACCACAUGUGGCGAUCGACUUUCAAAGCGUGAUGGAUACAGUGGACCUUGAUUUUGCGUCGAAAAUUGGAACAUAUCAACCUUCGUCUGAAAGUGACUACGAAAGUAGAAUCAAAAAGUUUGAAACUUCAAGACAGACUUUAAGAAGACAUAGUGUUGCACUGGGAACUGCAGCUGAAAUCGGGAAUACAUAUCUCCGCUACUCAAACGACAAGGCCAAAUUGAAUCAGAUAGACGAUGUGAUAGAAAAGAAUCUGGAGACUUUGAAAGAUCUUGGUGAAUAUGAGCAGAACUUGCACAAAACAUUCAAACCCCUCGUGGAACAAAUGCUGCAAACCUUCAAGUCGACAGCUUUGGAAUUGACGCAGAAAAAUUCAUUCGAACUCCUUUUCCAGAAACUUGAGCUCAAGCAAACGGCCAAAGCAUUCAUUUCACUCUUACAGAAAGUGACGCAAGACUUCUUUGCUAAAGACGAGGGAUUUUCCAUCAUUGUGACCGAUCUGCUAGACGUUCUGACCACUCUGGUAGAUGCCUACGAACAAAUCGAGCAGCUGAGGUUCAGAAUCAAACUGUUUGAUUUUCUUGGAAAAAUAUCUGGUGUCCAGUGCAGCACGGAAGAUUGCAACUCUCUUGAAAAAACAUCGCAACGUGUUAAGCUGAGGCAACUGGUGCGCGAGUUUGGCUUCGUCUACUCCGCGUACCGACAAGUUUCAUUUCCGUUCGGAACAGGAAAGGUGCAGGCAGUGGUCGACAAAAACAUCCUGGAACUGUUCUCAGCACCGAAGGAGAGGGUGGUGACAAUUCUCAAGAAUAAUCUCGAGCAGAUUCGGGACGUGCUGAAGGCUGAAAAAACGCAGACAGACAAAAAGGACGCUGACGUCAUCAAGACCGAAUUCUCGAUGUUGAAGUCAACAAAUCCCUUUUACACUUGGCGCCAUUCCGAGUACGAGACGAGCAUUAAAAAACUCCUCCAGGGCGAGCAGAUCACCUUGGAUGCGUCUGUUUGGUCAGUUGGCGUCAGAAACGCCGUCAAAGCCAACUGGGUUACCCUGAACAUCACCUCCGAAGACGAGAAGGUUGCCCAAACCCUGAGAGAACUGCUAGACCACUUCCACCUUGAAAUGGUGCGUGGAAAGCGAAGCUACUAUCGCUGUGGUGCAGGCAUAUACGCUGUCUCGGGCGAGGAACUCAACCUGACCCUGAGCUUUGAAACCAACCGCCAGGGAAACCCUGUAUCAGCCAAUGCAGCAGUUGAGAAGUUAAACGAAGGCAACGUGCCUCUCAGUCCCUACGUCCUCUGGAAGUUCAGACUCAGGCACGAGUCCAAAGAAGACCCUGAGCUACUUUUCCGCCAACUGGGGCAACUGGCUCCUGUUGUUGACCUGCACCUCGUCGGCAAGGGCAGCUACGUCAACGAAGGUGCUGACGUCUGCAACACACUUCUUAGCAAAACCUAUGAGCUUGUUGGGACUCUUUAGAUUUUCAGGGCUAUUAUAAUUAAAAUUCUACGAGAAAUGUAAUCAUUUUGGGCUUUGUAACAUUUUAUAUACUAUUCCGCAUCAAUUCAAAAUAAAUAUUUUAACCUAAAAUGUCACCAUUUCAUUCAAUUUUACCACCUUUCAGGCAAAUAAGACUUAUUAUCUAGAAAAUCAGUCAGA